AUGGGUAAGGUUCACGGAUCCCUCGCUCGUGCCGGUAAGGUCAAAGGCCAGACGCCUAAAGUCGAGAAGCAAGAAAAGCGCAAGCAAUCAAAGGGCAGAGCGCACAAGCGUGUCCUCUACAACAGGCGAUUCGUCAACGUUCAGCUUGGACCUGGCGGCAAGCGGAGGAUGAACCCGAACACAUAA